AUUAAAGAAAUAUUAAACCGUACGCUGAUAAUAAGCUUCUAAAGGACGUAUUCAAAUCAAAUAUAAUCAUAUUAAAUUUCCUGAAAGCGCUUAAAUUCAAAUCUCAGAUCAUGAGAGACACGCAUUCUUAUUAGGGGACCUUUAACAGAACAACAUCGGAUGAAAAAUAUUAGGAAAUUUGCGGAAACUGGAAGAAAAUGUUUAUCAGUAUUUGCUAGAAGCACAUUAAAUGAAGCAUUUAAUUGUGGUGAUCAAGAGAACAGACGAUAAAAACAAGUGGUCUGAAUGAUUCAUAGAUAGUGACGAUAAAUUCGCCAUUAAACGUUGUGACCCAACGGUGUUUGUACACUGGGGUGAGAACAACAAACACACAUUGUACUACAUUCUUUGUAUUACAACACAUAUUGUACAACACUCACGGACAUUAACACCACAACUAUAAAGAGAACAAAAACAACAGGUGUGGCGAUGGAAAAGGCGAUGGAGAAGUCAGUACCAGAUAUAACGGAACUACCCGUGUGGGUUGGAUGUACAGUGAAAUGGGUGACAGGCCUUACGAAACGUACCACCUGUGACGAUAUCAUAUACGCCCUUCUUCAUAACGAAGGAAACCCAGAUGAAGAGAAAAACACUGCUAAUUAUACAAUUUAUGAACGUUGGGGAGGUGUUGAGAAACCACUGAAAGGACGUACAAAAAUUCUUAAACUUUGGCGAUCCUGGGGAUCCGAACUCGAAACUGUUGAAUUUUACCUACGUAAGAAUCAAGACUAUGUGGACAGUUCGGAAAUAUUUCGAUCAAGAAGGUAUCGCAAAGCUCACCACAAGCUUCGCCAACAAAGACGUAAUAAUAGGAAAACAUCAGAAUCAUCUGCAUCUAGUGAUAAAGACAAACAAGCUGAAACAACAGUGAAAGCAAAGACUCUAGAAGGCUUGGUUAAGCUGGUCUUAUCUCAGGAGAAAACCUUAAGAGAACAAUGUGAACGUAUUGAACAUACUGAUAAAUGUAUCGAUGACUAUGAAACCAAAAUACAUGCUCAUAGAGUCGUUGAAAAUGGUCAUAAUUACGUACAAGAUGCCUACCUACACGAGAAAGGACAUAACACGUCCAGCUCGGAUGAAAUGGAUGCUAAUGAUUUAGAAAAAUACCUGAACCUUUUACAACAUCUCGUGCAGGUGGAAACAAAACUUGCAGAGGAAAAUAAAAAGAUCGACCAGCUGUCUAAUCAGAUCUUAGAAUUUUCUCAAAUCUCAGACAUCACUUCAGCGCUUGACACCACAACUGUGAAAUAUCCUAGAUUUUCAACUCCAAUGGGCAACAAUAACCAAAUCAAUACUCACCAAAUCAAACUGAGGGGCUUAACUGAGACCUCACAGAAAUACCUCGACAUGAGCCUUGUUGACACUGAAGCUGAAACCGAAGAGUUAUCCCAAACUUUCAGGGUGGAGCAACUCAAACUUAAAUAUAAAAUGAAAAGAGAGGCUCCUUCUCCUGUUGUUAACGAUACCGUUGAUGUUUCACAACUUUAUGUUACAGCAUGCGAGGAACCAACUGAAGAUAUUGACAAUGCAUCCAUGUGGGUCAAUGCUAACAAUAGCAAUGCAUUGGAGCAGGUCCAAAGUGCUCUGGAUGAAUCAAUAUUCCACCAUGAUAGUCAAUGUAAACAGAAUGCUCAGCUUGAGACUGAUAUCACUACGAUAGAUGAUCAGUUAAAACUGAAGCGUCUUGAACUUUCCACACUUGAAGAUGCGCUUGUUCUGUCUGAAGAGCGUGAACGAGAACAACCGCCGAAACUCAAGCCAAAACAUAAUGCUUCAAAGGACACUGGUUUUCCCUAUGAGGAUAAUCAAAAGCCACCACGCCCACCGAGAAUCGAUAUGAAGAAAGUGGGUGAUAGUACUGAAAACAAACUUUCGGUUGAAGAGCAAUGUAAAUUACUUAUUCUAGGGGACUGCGUAAAUAUGACUCACAUAGGUGGCAGCACCAGUCCCGGGAGUUCCAUAUCCGACGAAGGAUAUGGUAACUCUAACAGUUUUGAUAGCUCGAGUAACGACGAGCAAAGUCCGCUACCUCGUGAAGACACCAACCCCACUAAAUCCAUCCUUUCUAAGCCUAAAUACAAAGGUGACUAUAUCGAUCAUAUUGAUCAGGAUAUCCAUGAAGUGCGCGAUGAUAGUGCAAUGGACGUGGCUUUCAAGCCAACUGCGAACUCUACCACGUGUCACGAAAAUAUCAAGGACGAUAUUUCACAACAAUUUACAAUUCAGGGCAGUCCAAACUCAUCAAAAACGCUCACUAUUACUGACACGUAUAUCCAACAAUACAUACGGGCCAAAUCUUCGUCUUCGGGGGCGCUUCACAACUCCAGGAAACGUCGCGUGACGUUCGGUGGAGUUACUUACGAUACACUAGGAGAUGACAGUGACUCUAAUUCAGAUACAGGGCUCAGUUCUCUGCACAGUGAGGAUGUCAGCCCUGCCCCAAUGAACACUGUUUUAGAAACACUCGUUUAAAAACAUUAGACAAACCCAUUUCUUAAAAAGGAACGCCAUCUGAUCCUAUAAGGAAAAACAGUUUCCUAGUUUCGUUCAGUGUACAUUCAACGAAAUGCUUUGACAUGUUUGAACAUUGUUAUUUGCCAAAAUUGCAGUAUUUAUGCCAAUUCCUUAUCUAAUGUGACAGCGGAUGAAUUAAUCCAUGAGAUUAGUAGUUAAAUUAAAUGUUUAUUUGAGGGUAAGAUCAGAGAUAAGGGGUGACACAAUUUGUAUUCUAUAAAAUAGGUAUGACAAGGAAUGGUAUGAGAUUGAGAUAUCACAUGCAGUGUUCUUCAUUAGGCAACAUUUAGUGUUGAUCUGUCACUCUGUUUGAAGUAUCAGCACUCAGUUUAGAUAAAGCACCGCCCACUUGUAUAAAUAUAACAAUAUUUGAGAUCGGUACUCAAAUUUCAACAACGUUUACAAAUGUUGAUCACCCUGUUUCAAUCCUCAUUUUGAAAAAGUUUGGAGAAAAUUGUUGUUCUCUAUCUCUGACUACGCCAUUUACAACUGUGAGUUCUUGAGUAAGUUCUGUAUAUUAAACCACUCAAUUACAAUAUAUACAUGUAUAUUGUGUAUCACAUGUAGCUGUCACAUUUGUGUCUUCAAACGUUGCCCAUUGUGCUUUGUAAUCACACAAAACGUCUCAAUGGGUCUGAAUUUAUUUACAAUUCGUGUUUUUAAACAGCAUUUUCGUAUUGAAUAUCGUUGAAUGAGUUGUUAGGUAGAGUUGUAUCAGCUCUAAAUAAACAGGAAUGUUUUAAUUGAGUCUCAAAAGAUAUUCAAUUUUGCUGUAAAGUUUGUUUUAAAAGCUAUAGAGUUAUGUUGUUUGUUCAAUAAAAAGUCAGUCUAUGAGACGUCAUAGUUUAUUAGGGAUGGUAAAGCCGGUACAUAUUGUGUAAAAACGUUCUUUUAAAUAUAUGAAUUUAUUAAUAAAAUAUCAA